AUGUCAUUCACGUUACGCUCGUUCCUGGCCGGCUCCCUGCUGGCCAUCUCGCCAAUCGCCGCAUCGGACGAACCCAUCCUCAAGCGGGCCCCCUUCGAUGGAGAGGCCGUCAUCAUCAAGGGAACGUGGUCGUGCACCCCUGACCAGAUCACCGCCAUCGAGCAAGCCGUCACCGACGCCCACGAGUUCGCCAACGAGGCUCUCACCGCGCUGAAACACCCCAACGUGCUUCAAUCGCCGGCGUACUACAGCUGGUUCGGAUCCGAUUCCGGCGGCGGCGCCACGGUAGCAACCCUCCGGGACCGCCACUUCCAACCCGUCCUCGACUCCCUCAAGCCCCCGACCGUCGAGACGGCCUUCCGCUUCAAGCCGGAGCCCUUCUUCCCGCCCAACACCGUCACCGACAAGAGCCUCGUCUACGGCUGCUCCGGCACCACGGGCCCCUGCGCCGACGGCGCCAUGGUCGCCGGCGUCAACAGCGCCACCGAGUCCGCGCCCGCCGUCUUCGGCGCCACCAUGCUGCUCCUCUGCGAGACCUUCUUCGACGCCACGCGCGCGUCCAACAAGCAGAUGAUCGACCACUGGCGCGCCGAGAGCGCCGUCGGGAGCAUGUCGCGCGGGUUCUCCCUCGUGCACGAGGUCCAGCACAUGCUCAUCGCCACCGGCGACGGCGAGCGCGCCGAUGAUUUGGAUAACCCGUUCUACGGCUUCCUCGAUGACCGUUCGGAAGAUUGCUACUCUGCUAACUGCUGCUCCCGUCUGUCUGCCGCACAGAAAGCCAAGAACGCCCAGAACUUCGCCCUCUUCGCGCUCGACGUCGCUACUUUCCCCAUCGAGGACGAGCAACCCAACGCCUGCCCGGCGCCCGCCCGCCCCUCCACUCUGGCCAAGGUGAGGCGCCAGAUCGGCUUCUCCAACUCGACCUCCUCGGUGCCCCCCUCAUCAUCGGCCUCCGCCUCUCGCACGCCCAUCCCGCCCGCGCGGCCCAGCACCACCUCGCAGCCCCCCGCUUCGAGAGUCUCCUCCGCCAGACCCUCCUCCAGCGCAGAAGUAAUCGAGGUCUCCGGCGCCGUGGCCGUCGUCAUCCCCGCCGGCGCCGUCGCCUUCGGCGGUCCCGGCGGCGGCCUCGCCAACUUCGGCGGCGUCAUCGUCCCCGUCCCGGAAGGCCAGACCGUCAGCGAUCCGUCAAACGACACCAACCAGCCCUCCGGCGACAACAACAACAACACCCCUUCCAAUACGCCGCGCGAGACGCAGGCCCCGAGCUCGACCAGCUCGUCGCCGCCGACGAGCUCCAGCUGCGCGCCCAAGGCCUACGGCCCCAAGGUCGACAAGGCCUGCGAGGACUGGUCCGGCAUGAACCAGACGGCCUUCCUCGACCUGCUGGCCAAGGUGCCCCUGGUGGACUGGGAGGGCGCGACGACCACCGCGUCCGUCCCGGCGACCGCCGCCGUCUCGACCACCACGUCCAUCCUGGAGACGAUGACAGUGCAGCCUGAGCCGACGACGACGGCGUCCGCCGCGCCGACGGUCGCGCCGGUGGCCUGUUACAACUUCGACAUCAACGCGUACGGGUACUGCUGCCCCGGGCCGGGGAACCCGUGCGAGAAGGACAUUGGGAGGUGUUACUUCAACGGGGAGGGCGUCUCGGGCGGCGCGAGCGGGGUUGUGCCUGACGGCGCGAGGUGUCCACCUCCCGCUGGUGCUGAGUACUGCAGGGGCGCUUGUGAGGAGUAG